AUCUAGACGUCAGCUUGGCAAGAAGUGGAAUAAUAUUGGUUGUGUCGCGUUUUUAGAACCAUAUAUAGUAAAAUAAAAUCAAUGAUUGCACCAUUUUUAUUUUUUAAUAUAUUUCAGGACGAGUGCAAUAGGAUUUUUUGAUUGCGUGGCAUUAUCGUCCGAGCCGGAGGCAAGGACCGACAUUUCACGCGAGUAAAGAUUCCUAUUGCACUAGUCAUAAACGAUAUUCCUCCGUAGUGAUUUUCCCAUUUUGGAGUUCGAGGAAGAGCGAGUGCCAAUCCCGGGACGAGGAAGAGUGAAGAGCAGACGAGAAAAAUAAUAUAAUUGCUUCAUUGAACUGUGCAGUAAAAUGAAGGAAAAAUGGAUGAUUUCACGUUCGGAUCGCACAGACUAGUUCAUCUGGACCUCAAAGGUGCUCCACCCCGAGUUGCCUAUUUUGAAAAGUUAUUCCCUUAUUUAAGAACGUGGGGUGCCACAGGUUUGUUGUUGGAGUGGGAAGACACAUUUCCAUACAAUCGAGAGCUUUCUUGCAUUGGAAGUAAUGGACCGAGAAGUCUAGGAUGUGGCUACACAGCCCAGGAAGCUUUGCAAAUAUUGCAAAUUGCUGGAGACUGUGGACUCGCUGUUGUUCCCCUAGUUCAAACAUUCGGGCAUUUGGAAUUUGUCCUGAAACACGACGAAUGGAGAUCUCUCAGGGAAGUGGAGAAUUUCCCCAGUUCAAUCUGCCCAUCGAAUCCUGCGACUCUUCCCCUGGUAAAAUCACUGGUGACUCAGAUUAUAUCGUUCCACCCUGAUAUCCAAUACAUUCAUAUUGGAGGAGACGAGAUCUGGCACCUUGGGCUGUGCUCUCUAUGCUCCAAACGGGCUAGUUUGAGCAAACAUGGCAAAUCCACCCUUUACCUGGAGCAUGUGCUCGCCACUGCGCAGUACAUCAAGGAGAUGCGUCCCUGCUUGAAGAUCAUCAUUUGGGAUGACAUGCUGAGGAGUACCGAUUUGCAGGUUUUGAACGAGUAUUAUUUUGGAAAAUAUGUUGAACCAAUGAUAUGGCAUUAUAAUUCAAGAGAAACAUUUUCACUCCCCCAAGAUUUAUGGACGAAAUACAAUGCAGUAUUCCCAAACAUAUGGGCAGCAACGGCUUUUAAAGGGGCUACAGGGUCAGCUCGACAAAUUCCACUGAUGAGUCAUCACGUUAGUAAUCACGAGAGGUGGCUGGAGGAACUUGGCACACAUGGCAAUAAAAUCAAUGAAUUUCGGGGAACUGCAUUAACUGGUUGGUCGAGAUAUGAUCAUUAUGCAACAAUGUGUGAGCUUCUACCCACAGCGAUACCUUCACUGGCCCUGUGUUUGAGGGUAUGGCUCCAUGGCUACACCGAGCAAACUCACAUGCAAGUUGCUAAGAGUCUUGGGUACAUUGACCACCCAAUGUGCAUUAGUCCAGAACGUCCUGCACCAAUACCCACUAAUCUCUCCUAUCCUGGGUGGCAAUUAAGCGGAGGGAUCGAGUGGUUUUUGAACUUCAAGAUAAAGUUCGACGGCAUGAUCAAUAGUGAUCAAAUUUUAACGUGGAUGAAUCCUUGGCAAGUUGCUAAUAAUUACACAAAUCCAAUGCAAUUAGAAAGUCUCAUUCCAGCGCUGACAGAUUUACUUCUCGAACUGACUUCCCUAGAGUCCUACCUGAAAGUUCAAAUGGAAGCUAUCUUUUUUCCUCCCACAAUAGACGAGUGGGCAGGCACACAUCUUGAACCAAUGAAGAACAAGCUUUUUGAACUCAAACAGAUAGCCGAUAAUCAAAUUAAAAUCAAUAGUCGUGGUCAAAUGAUUCUACCUUAAAUAUUUUAUAAUGUAAAAUUGGAGACUGAGUCUGCAUUGACUAGUGAAAUUUUACAAUAUAAAUUUUUUAACUGAUCUUGUCAAAGCAACUCCUAGGAAAAAAAAAUGUAAAUAACAGAUGAACUUUCAAGUUUAAUCUAGAAAAUUUAUUCUGAGAUUAUUUUAUUCUGGAAUUUUAUGUUCAUAGCUAUAGAG